AUUAAAGUCCUUGCUCACAAUACAGUUCAAAGACGCAUUUUGGAACCUUACCACAACUGUAUAAGCAAGGGUAUUCCCGCCUGAUUUCUUUUUUUAAUUUAGACAACAACCGACAGCGUCUGACGGAUACCGCUAAAAUCUAACACCCGCUCUUCGCUUUGCCAUCGCUUGCUUGUUCUGCAUGUGAGAAGUUAAUAAUAUCGGUGAAGAAAAUCGUACAGCAAACGCUGCAGUUUUCACUUCUGCAUUAUGCGACUCCAGUUCCUCGGCCUCCGUCCCAGACGCUGGGGGGCCCAGCUGCCGUUAUCAGCCGCGGUCCAGGAAGUCUCAUGGUCGUCUGUUACGCCUUUCGUCUUUUUUUAAUGUACUCUCUGGUAACAAACUUAACAUACUGGAUGCAGGCGCACGUCCUCCGUUGGCACAGAAGACCUUGAGAGUCAUCGAGGUAAUGUGAGAGGUUAUUUCACCGGUUGGUGUGGACUCGGGUGGUGUUGAAACCUCAUUUCCCCCGCAGUUUCAUGUCUUGCUUCGUGGGACGCUGAUGUGUGUGUAUACCGAGCUGAAUUUACAAUCCCCUCUUGAAAGUUAUCUUGGUGGAACAUGGACUGUGGUCCGUGAAGCAAUUGCAUCUUUGGACAUUUUUACAGAACGUAAAAACAUGGCUUACUGUGAUUUGUUUUCCAUUUUCGUUUCAUUCAUUUUCUUCCCCUUCUAUUUUCCAGUCUUUCACUAACAUGGAUCACUUCACCCUCGCCCCGAGGAACGUCUGAAAAAAACAGUAAAAACUUUUAAUGGGAUAUUCACUCCAUCCUCCAUGCUGCUCCUUCUACACAAUCCUUGGUUCUCUCAACACCAGUUGACACACAAAAUGAUGGACAAGCAAGCACAAUGAAUCUCCAAAAAUCCCUAUCAGCUGAUAGACCGCGGAAACUUGCAGCCAGGUCUAAGAGCAUGGUGAUGGGGGAGAUGUCCCGCAGUUCCAGCCGCCCGUCCUCCCCGGGCCUCCAGGAGAGGGCGCUCAAGGCGGGCUGGCUGAAGAAGCAGAGGAGCAUCAUGAAGAACUGGCAGCUGCGCUGGUUCGUGCUGCGCACCGACCAGCUCUACUUCUACAAGGACGAGGAGGAGACCAAGCCGCAGGGCUGCAUCCCGCUUCACGGCAGUCAGGUGAACGAGCUCUCGGCCAAUCCAGAUGAGCCUGGGCGUCACCUGUUCGAGAUCGUCCCAGGAAGUGCAGGUGAGAAGGACAGGGCUACCAUCAGUCAUGAGGCCUACCUGCUCAUGGCCAACUCCCAGAACGACAUGGAGGACUGGGUCAAGGCCAUUCGGCGGGUCAUCUGGGCACCCCUUGGAGGAGGGAUAUUUGGUCAGAGGUUAGAGGACACGGUUCAGUAUGAGAAGAAGUUUGGCCAAAGGCUAGCGCCUUUGCUGGUGGAGCAGUGUGUGGACUUCAUACGGGAACAGGGUCUGGAUGAGGAGGGCCUCUUCCGGAUGCCCGGGCAGGCCAACCUCGUCAAGGAGCUCCAAGAUGCGUUUGACUGUGGGGACAAGCCGAUGUUUAACAGUAACACAGAUGUCCACACGGUGGCGUCGCUCCUGAAGCUGUACCUCAGGGAGCUGCCUGAGCCCGUCAUCCCCUUUGCCAAGUACCAGGAUUUUCUCACCUGCGCUCAGCUGCUGGCCAAGGAUGAGGAGGUGGGAAUCCAGGAGCUGGGGAAGCAGGUGAAGACCCUUCCCCAGGCCAACUACAACCUCCUCAAGUACAUCUGCAAGUUCCUGGAUGAAGUGCAGUCCCACUCAAACGAGAACAAAAUGAGUGUCCAGAAUUUAGCGACAGUGUUCGGACCAAAUAUCCUUAGGCCUAAAAUGGAGGAUCCUGUGACUAUGAUGGAAGGAACCUCCCAGGUGCAGCACCUGAUGACGGUGCUGAUCAGCGAGCACGAGCGUCUGUACGCGGGCGGUGAGGCCGACCCCCCCGCGGCCCCACGGGAGGCCCGCCCCCAGCGGAGCAUGGUGGAGUGGAUCUCCGAGGAGGACCUGCAGGGGCGGCCGUCCGCGGGCGGAGGCCUCAGGCCCGGCGAGGACACCAGCGGCAGCGCCACCUCGCUGGACGUCCACGUCAGCACGCCCACCCCGCCGCUGCCGCAGCCGAAGGGGGAGGCGGCCCUCAGUCCCAGCAGGCAGCUGCGCUCCCUCCCGGCCUGGAAGUGCACCUUCAAGGGCGCGGGGGCGCGGGCGGCGCCGGCCCGGCUGGGCGGCUCGUCGGUGGACGUCUCCAGCCUGCCCAGCGGGAACUGGCUGAUGAACGGGCUGUCGUCGCUGCGGAGCCACCGCCGCACCUCGUCCGGGGACCGCGUGCGGGACGUGGCGGGCGGCUCUCCCCAGCGCCUCUCCACCUACGACAACGUGACGGCGUCCAGCCUGAGCGUGCCCAGUGCUGCCAGCACGCCCUGGGCCACCUCGUCCUGCGAGAUCUCCGUGCCGGACUCCGCCAGCGAGUCCUCGGGGCCCAGCCUCGGGAGGGGCGGGGAGUGGCCCGACGGGGGGGCGCGGGCGCCGCCGGAGAGCAGCGGCGAGACUCCGGAGAUCUGCAUCAGCAGCGCCGGGUGCAGCGAGAACGGCACGGCGCCCCCUGUGCCACCGGAGGUUGCCGACGCCUGCCCAAAAUCGCUCACCAACGUGGUGACGGAGCUCCGGGAUGAGCUAAAGAAACAGAAGACGGCCUACGAAAUCAAGAUCAGAAAGCUGGAGGAGGCGAGCGCGGUGCUGGAGGAGGACCUCGACCAGGCGAGGAAGAGGCACCGCAUGCUGGAGAUCAAGCUCCGCAACUCAGAGCGCGCCCGUGAGGACGCGGAGAGGAGGAACCUCCUCCUGCAGAAGGAGAUGGAGGAGUUCUUCUCCACGCUGGGAGACCUGACUCUGGGAACAAGGACGAGCAACAUAUGACACCUGGGGCAAGGGCUUCCACCCCUCCGAAAGAAGGUUCUCGCGGACUGUGUUUUUAAAGCCUCUUUACUCGUGUAUCACGAGCGUAUUGGGGCGACUCCGUGCCGCUUCACCCCGGCACCAAGGUCUCUGGUCUCUACCUGCUGUUGUGUAUCAGGACCAUGUCACCACACAGGCAUCAUGUACGCGCUGGGGGCACACCAAACCAAAGCAUGACAUUACUGUUAAACCCACUUGCGGCAGAGUAUCAAAGUUGGCACCUGGAGCUGGCAUUGAGUGUCUUCAUCUCAAAAAACCAACAAAGCAACAGCAAUUUUACCCUUACCGUGCCUUUAGGGUCAUUGCAUGGGGCAGAGAAAAUAUUUGCUUGACCAGAAUAAGGGUUAUGAUCAAUUUUGGCACCUAAUUGCGUGUACAUGCAUCUACAACCUUCUGAAUGUUUUUUCCCCCCCGGAAGCUUGUUUAUUUCUGGGCCAGUAUAUGACCCGACGAGCCAAAGCAGCCAAAUUAGGACGACUCUGAAACUACAUGGACUGGGUUUUCAAAUCUAACAGCCUACACUUCCUCAGUCUAACCCUACACCUUGCUUUAACCCAAGCCCACUGUCAUGAAAUGUAUGCCAACAACCAACAGUAACUCUGUGGUAGCUGUUGGCUCGAAGUCUGCUUCUCCAUGGGUUUUGUCUUUCCUUAUCCUCCUCACGUAAGAAGUACUUGGAAACACUUCUUGCAUUCACCUGUGAGGUUUUCGGCAAGUGGCUCCAUCUUGUCAAAACAGGUGAAACACUGGUGAGAAAAUAACAGGGUUCUAUAAGAUGCCGCCCUUUUCACUUUGGUGAAAUUGCCAUUAUGGACGACCGAACCUUUAUCAGGUUUUCCCCAUGAAGGCUCUGUACCGUGAUAUUGUACAAUCUAAAUGGUCUGAUGUAACUCUGUGUGUUAUAUUGUACGAGUUAACACAUUUCUCAGGUGGUGCUUUUCAGAGGCUAAGUUGGUGUUCUGAGAGCAUCUGUAUUUGUAACUGAUCUCAGUCGUCGUUUGAAGGAAAAAGGUUAAGCGUUAAUCGUGACAUGCUUGAAUAAUGAAGUGGUUUAGUCAUACGUUUUUAUAGCCCUAUCAAACAGCAUCAGUUUAUUAAAUGUUGGAAAUGUCUUUGU